GAAUUAAGCGCUUAGCUUUCACACACUUAGCAGCCCACGGUUGCGCCUAACCCCCUCCUCCUCGUCAUCUUGCAUGUCCCCUUCUUCCUUUCUCCCUUUCUAUCCUACAUCGUUUCCUACCUGCUCUGCUCUCCACGACUCCACGGCCACGCACGCAAUGCAAAUGCAACAACACCCAAUUCCCCAUUGAUCAAGACAUCCACCGCUCCCCUCCCGAAACUUUAAUUCCUUCCCACUCCAGCACCCGUACGAGUCACUAAUUUCCGUGCAAACGCGAAUUACGUGCUGGUACCAAAAAAAUGUCGUCGCUUCGCCGGCUCUGCUUCGUGCUCCCCAUGGACGGCGACGAGGUGAUCCUCGAGGAUGAAGACGGCGGCGACGACGAGCCCCGCCCUCGCCGGAACCGGAAGCUCACGGGCUCCGUCCGCCGCAAGGUGGGCCGCGCGAUCUCUUCCUGCGGCCUCCGCUGCUGCGGCGGCCACCGCGGCGACUUUCGGUCGGCGGCGGCGGGCUUCGAGGACAUCGACGGCGUGUACGACGACGAGGCCGGCGACGGAGGCAACGACAGGAAGAUCAAGGGGGGCGGGCCGCGGGUGUUCAGCUACUCGGAGCUCUACAUCGGCACGAGCGGCUUCAGCGACGCCGAGGUGCUGGGCAGCGGCGGCUUCGGCCGCGUGUACCGCGCCGUGCUGCCGAGCGACGGCACCACGGUGGCCGUCAAGCGCGUGGUGGCGGCCGCAGCCGCCGCCGGCGGCGGCCAUGGGCAAGGCAAGAAGAAAGGAGGAGGAGGAGGCGGCGGGUUCGAGAAGUCGUUCGUGGCGGAGCUGUCGGCCGUGGCCCGGCUGCGGCACCGCAACCUGGUGCGGCUCCGCGGGUGGUGCGUCCGGGAGCUGGAGGAGGAGCUGCUUCUGGUGUACGACUACAUGCCCAACCGCAGCCUCGACCGCCUCCUCUUCUCUUCCUCGGCUCCGUCGAAGCUCGAUUGGGGCCGGCGGCGGCGCAUCGUGGCCGGGCUGGCGGCGGCGCUGCUGUACCUGCACGAGCAGCUGGACACGCAGAUCAUCCACCGGGACGUCAAGGCCAGCAACGUCAUGCUCGACGCCGGGUACAACGCGCGCCUCGGCGACUUCGGCCUCGCGCGCUGGCUCGAGCACGACGCCACGCCGCCCAUGGCCAUGGCCAUGGAUCAGCAGCUUCUGCCGUCGCCGUCGUUCGCGUCGUCGGGGAGCAAGAGCAACAACAACAACAACAACUACCAGUUCCGGCUGAUCGACACGAGCAGGAUCGGGGGCACCAUCGGGUACCUGCCGCCGGAGAGCUUCCAGCGCCGGGCCAUGGCGGCCACGGCCAAGUCGGACGUCUUCAGCUUCGGGAUCGUGCUGCUGGAGGUGGCCACGGGGCGGCGCGCCGUCGACCUCACGUUCCCCGACGACCAGAUCUUCAUGCUCGACUGGGCCCGCCGCCUCGCCGACCAAGGCAAGCUGCUCGACGCCGGCGACCGUAAGUUGCUGCUCCUCGAAGGCGGGCACGGGCCCGGGCACGAAGACAUGGGCCGGCUCGUCCACCUGGGCCUGCUCUGCUCGCUGCACGACCCGAGGUCGCGCCCCACCAUGAAGUGGGUGGUGGAGAACCUCUCCGGCAGCAGCUGCUCCGCCGACCUCCCGCCGCUCCCCUCCUUCUCCGCUCUGCCCAACUACAUCUCCCUCACUUCAUCCUCCUCCGACUCCUCCGACUCCGGCACCACCACCACCACCACUACCUGCACCACGACCACCAUCGAAGCCGGCACCACCAGCACUACGUCCAACUCGAUGAAGCCGCCGCCCAUGUACGCCACGGCUGACGGAGCCACGGUGUACCUCACCGCAGAAGAAGAACAACAAGUGUCGUCGUCCGCCAGCGGCGAGAAGAGCGGCGUGGAGCGGUCGCCGUCGCGGGCGGUGGUCCCGAACGUGGACACCCCGCGGGAGAUCUCGUACGCGGAGAUCGUGGCCAUGACCAAGGACUUCUCGGCGUCGCAGGUGGUGGCGGAGCUGGACUUCGGGACGGCGUACGAGGGGUUCCUGGAAGACGACGACGGGCAUCAUCGGCAUCGGCAGCACGUGCUGGUGAAGCGGCUGGGCAUGAAGACGUGCCCGGCGCUGCGGGUCCGGUUCGCCAACGAGCUCCGGAACGUGGGGCAGCUCCGGCACCGGAACCUGGUGCGGCUCCGGGGCUGGUGCACGGACCACGGCGAGAUGCUCGUCGUCUACGACCACUCCCCGGGCACCAGCCUGCUCAGCCACCACCUGCUCAGCCGGCAGCCGCUGCCGUGGCGGCAGCGGCAGGGCGUGGCGACGGCGCUGGCGUCGGCGGUGCUGUACCUGCACGAGGAGUGGGACGAGCGGGUCAUCCACCGGAACAUCACCUCGUCCGCCGUCUUCCUCGACGGCGGCGGGCCCGACCGCGACGGCGGCAGCCCGCGGCUCGGCAGCUUCGCGCUCGCCGAGUUCCUCUCCAGGAACGAGCGCCACAACCCGCACGUCGCGGCCGCGCUGCCGAGCGCCUCGGCGCGUGGCAUCUUCGGGUACAUGGCGCCGGAGUACAUGGAGAGCGGCGAGGCCACCACCAUGGCCGAUGUGUACAGCUUCGGCGUCGUGCUCCUGGAGGUCGUCACGGGCGGCAUGGCCGUCGACGCCAGGACGCCCGAGGUGCUCCUCGUCCGGAAGGUGCGGCAGCAGCUCGGCCGCCGCGGCCAGGACCAGGAGGAGGACGUCGUGGUACUGGAGGCGCUCGCGGACAGGCGGCUCGACGGAAGGUUCGACCGGCGGGAGCUGCUGCGGAUGGCAAGGCUCGCCGUCGCCUGCACGGCGUCCGACCCCGCGGCGCGGCCCGGCAUGAGGGAGGUCGUCGGCAUCCUGGACGGCAACGACGAGGCGCUGAGGAAGCUGCUGGAGCGGAGGACGGAGAGAAGCAGGGAGGAAUGGGACGCCGAGAACAAGGCGGCUCUCGCAUUGGUCCGGAGAUUGCAGGCGCUUGGCAUACACUGAAGUGAACACACCGACGAUGUGAGAUCGACAUUUACGAUCCUGACUCCUCUCUCAAGAUUGUACCAAUGCAUUUAGUUGGAGGUGAUCCUCUGUGUUCUUAUGAAAAUCUCUAGAGCGCAUUUUGUCACCGUUUGAGGAUUUUCUGUGUGGUAUUGCCGUUAAUCUUGAAAAUUCUGAUUGAGAUUGAGAUUGUUCACUUCCA